UUUAAUUUUUAAAAAUGCCGUUGACUUGCUCAGAUUGUCCAAAGUUGUGUUGCUCUUUAAUUAUUCCGCCAAUCGGUGUUUGGAUUGAAAAAGGCUGUUCAGUUCAUUUGCUCGCCAACAUAAUACUUACACUUUGUGGCUACUUCCCUGGCUUAAUUCACGCAAUAAUUAUUAUUUGUUAUUAUUAAAAAAGAAAAAACGA